CCUGCUUCAGUAAGUAUAUCUCAGACUUCUCAUUGCCAGCCAGUGACUCCUUUGGAAAUGGCACCUGGGUGCGCAGCUCUUUUGGCUACAACUCUGCUCUGCUUAUCUCACUGCUCUCCUCUGCCAGGGCCUUUAAAGGAUCUACUUGGAGGUCGUGAACAACAUGCUGAGGCCUCUGCAACUGAUGUCUUUAGCCACAUUUUGGACAGAAAUACAGGGAGCAAGAAGCUAAUCAAGCAGGGAGACAUGAUUCAAGUAAAACGGAGGAGCACCUUGGUCUGUCCAACCGGUGGCUGUUUGUGGCCCAAGUUAAGUGAUGGCACAGUAAGCGUCCCAUACGUCAUCUCAGAUGCCUACAGUGCUGAUGAAGCUGAAGUGAUCCUUCACGCCAUGAGAGAGUUUCACACACUCACCUGUGUGAGGUUUGUCAGCAGACGGUCAGAGAAGGACUUUGUGCAGAUCAUCUCCAAUGACGGGUGCUGGUCAAGUGUAGGGAGACUUGGUGGUGCUCAGGAGCUCUCACUUGCCAAAGAUGGCUGUCUCAUCCAUGGUGUUGUUCAGCAUGAGCUAAAUCAUGUUCUUGGUUUCAUUCAUGAGCAAUGCAGGCCUGACCGUGACACCUAUAUCAAAAUCAACUGGCAGUAUGUGAACCCAGAAGAUGCCAUGAACUUUGCCAAGUCUGACUUGAGUCCCUUGAACCUUCCCUAUGAUUAUACAUCUAUUAUGCAUUAUGGAAGGUAUGCGUAUUCAAACACCACUGGAGAAGCAGUCAUUGUGCCACUGGUGAACUCAACAAACCUGCUUGGUCAAAGAUAUGGAAUGAGCCCCAUUGAUGUACGCAGAGUCAAUACAGUGUAUUCAUGCCGAGUGUGCACAGCCCUGCUUUCAGAAACCAGUGGUGUUUUCAUAUCUGCGGACUUCCCCGCCUUCACUGCUGAAGACGUAAGAUGUGUGCUUCUGAUCCGAGUCCCUGGCAGACAGAUCCUGCUGGAUUUCGAGGUGUUUAUUGUGCAAGAAUCUCCCGGCUGUACAGCUGACUCUGUUCGUGUAUAUGACGGUGACAGCAUUCAGUCCCCAGUGCUGCUAGAGAAGACUUGUGGAUCCCGGGAGGUAUCAGGAUACUACUCCAGCACAAAUACACUGCUGGUUGAGUUCAUCCGACGCAGCCUCAGGUCUCCUAGCCAUUUCCAGGCCAAAUACCAAAUGGUAGCCUGUGGAGCCACUAAGACAACAAUGUCUGGCGAGUUCAGCUCGGAGAACUUUCCUACAGGUUACCCCAACAACCAUGAGUGUACCUGGAACCUCAUAGCUCCCCCAGGCUACAAGGUGUCUAUCACAGUGGUUUCAUUCCAUCUAGAGAAUUCUCCAGCUUGCGAGUUUGACUAUGUUAUCUUCUGGGAUGGAUUCAAAAGUACUGCCAAGAUGGUAGGGAAAUACUGUGGCGAAGGACCUGUGCCAUUUUUCAUAUCUACGGGGAAUGUUGCAGCUGUCCAGUUUCACAGUGACAAGUCCAUUCGUGCUGCUGGGGCUCAGUUCACGUACGCCUUUAUCCAUUAGGACUUAGUGAUACCCUCUGCAAGAAACCCUCUGGUUUAGAACAGGAUGUCAGCUGCUCACUCAAUUAACUUUUCAUUUUUAAGAUAGGCACCCUAGUUUUGCCAUGGCCAUAACUUACUUGGUGAUCACUUGGGUGGUGGUCCUGGAAAAAUGGUAGAGCUCCACCUUAAAUGAGCUGAGUUGGAUAGUUGCAAACAACUUGGAUUUGAUUGAGUGUAAAGAACACUUCUACAAUUCAAGCCAAAUACUUUGAUAAGCACACCAAUGAUCUGCAUGGAGAACUCGCUCCACUCCACACUAAUCUAGACAUUGGCGAAAGAAACAGAUUAGACACCUGAAAGAUGACAUGUCCUGCAACACGUUGACCAUGCCAUUGUUGAGUUUGCAGUUGCAGUUUGACCGGCUGGAUCAAGCAAAGCACCAUCUACAGGAGUGGCAGCCAUCUGGCAGAACACAAUGCUGGCUUGUGCAAAUGUGGCCCACCAUAUAGCAUCUUCUGAGAACUCUCAAGUGUAUUGAGUGAGUGGCCAUUAGGUUCAUCUCGUCUGUCCCAGAAGGGUCAAGAAAUUCAUGUGUAUAAUCAAGUAUAUACUCUGCAAGAGACUCAGUAAUGAAAAAAUAAAAGUGUAUAUUAGUAAA